CCUUUCCAACUCCCAGACAAUGGUUUGACAAAUUCUACACGCCAUCUAUCCCUUAAAACUUCCCUUUUUUCAUUCCUUAAUCCACCAUUUAUAUCCAUUCCACUUCUUUACCAUUUUCUCACACCUCACACACUUUUCCUCUUCAACUUUACCCAUCAAGAUUUGGUUUUUAACCUUUUUUUCUUCACCUCCCUUUUGUGCAAAUCCCUAUACAAAAUCGAUGGACAAUACAAAUCAAUCGUCUUUCUGGCAGUUGUACCACAAUCUCCGGCACCAGACCAACACCCUCUCCAAUCUCUCCCUCAAUGACUCGAUCCGGCGAGCCAACUACGCCGCCAAGCGUCCGGUGAACCAGCGCCGGAACUUCGAUUUCCGGAACCCAGGAGCUGACGCCGGGUCAAAUCUCGCCGGCGACACCAAGACCGAUUUCAACGACGUCUUGGACUGGAAGGCACCGAUCAACGACAGCCUGGGCGGGCCCAAUUUCGUGGCCCAGGUCCCCCGCGACCCAAAGCCCAAUUUCAACAACCCAGGGUUUAACAACGGCGCGUGGAAGGCUCCGACCAACGAGAACCUGCGCGGGCCCAAUGGUAAAUACUCCGGGUUCGGGCCCGGGUUGAACGGCGGGUUCAACAAGGGGAUCUACUCCUCGCCGUCGUUGAAUUUCAACAGUUACAGCACGGGAAGGGGCUUUGCGAACAACGUGGUGGCGAAUGUGAAGGUAAUUAAGGGCGGUAAGAAUGAGGAUAAUAAUAAAGAUAACAAGAAUAAUGUGAAUAAUGAGAAUAUAAAUGCGGUGGAUAAGAGGUUUAAUAAGACCCUGCCGCCAGCAGAAGCCUUGCACAAGAACGAGACAAUCAUCUCCAUCUUCAACAAUGAUGAUACCGUGGCUGAGAAUCUCAAGAGGCAACUUUUUGUCGAAAAAAUGGAAGCUUCUACUGGAGAUGCCAGACCUCGCUAUGUAAUCGCUCGCCGGAUAAAAUGCGCUUUUCGCCGUCGCUUUUCGCCCGACCGAAAACCGUUGAGGCCUCCUCAAUCGGGCUUCAUGAAGUACGCAGUCCCGUCAGCAUUAGUCCUCGUCAGCAUGAAGUACCCAUCCGGGCCCGAUAAGGGCCCGUUUUGCGAAAAGCCCGCAGCCGUAUGGUGCUUUCUUGCGGCCACCGGCACGUAUUGGCUGAUUGCCGGUCGGAAAAUGCAGGCCGGCAGCCGGAAAUUAAUGCGUCUUGUGGCUCUUGUUUCCGUGCUCGUCUCUGUAGUCUCCCUGCUUGCUGUUUUUCUCCCGGGAGAAAAAUGGCCUCUGUUUGUACCUCCAGCUGCCCUGCUGAUGUGGCAUGAGUUAAAGUGCGUGUACCGUUGGAGUGCUGCCAAGGUUGAGAAUGUUGUGGACAAGAUUGGAGCCAAGCAGCGGACUUUGCCCGUGUCGAACAACCGUGUACGCGAAUCGAUUUAGUUAUCUUAUUUCAGAGUUUUGGUGUAAUAAGUCGGGGAGGGGAUUCUUCAAUUUUUCUUGUUGAUUGUAGCUAUUUUAUUUGAGAGUUUGUGUAUAAGUCGGGGAUUCUUUCAGUUAUUCGCUUUUAGUAUAUGGUUGUUUUGAAAUACGUGUACAAGUUUAGAGGAUAAGAUAAAUUUUUUUUAGAACUAUAGAGAUUUUAUAGAAAACGACAGUUGAAUGCCUCGGCUAAAAAGUUGAAAAAAAGUG